AACGGCGCACAAUUGUCCAAGGCUUGCUUAGACCUGUUUCACUUUCAACCCAGAAACAGCCGAGACCCACCAAGACCUGAAAUGGCCCAAGGUGUCCAGUGGCAAAUUGGCCAAAUCAACUCAAAGGCGCCCAAGAACAAUAUUUACAUGUGGCGGCAGUGCAGCAACACCGCAACCCACAGCUAUGCGAUAACAAUAUCUAGCGCUGUCUUCUACAAUGGACACCCUCUCGCGCCACAAGUCCUUCCUCUUAGCGAGUGCCGUGCUGUUGCUUGCUUCCAUUUUCACUCCUCAGACGAACCAUACGAGGGAAAACAUUGUUCCUGUAGAAUCACAUAUAAAACCAGAGGCAAUAUUACCUACUACAACCUCCCAUUCCAUGGAUACUCCUUGCGGAACAUCGAGCGCCGAUACCGAGGCUGUCAACGUACACGCCGGCACGCUUCCGCACGACACAAAGCUCGACCCCAAUUGCAUAUUCUGCAAGAUUGUCACCGGGGAAGCACCGUGUUUCAAAGUAUACGAAACGAAAUAUAGUCUCGCCUUUCUCGCGAAGCCUCCUGUUUCUCAUGGGCACACGCUCAUCAUACCUAAAUACCACUCCCGUACAUUAACGGAUCCCGGACUCCCAGAUGAGUUCCUCGCAGACGUCGGUCCUAUAAUGAAGAAGAUAGCAGUGAUGAACGGCGAGGAUUCAUACAACGUCAUCCAGAACAACGGCAGGACUGCCGGGCAAAGCGUUGACCAUGUGCAUUUCCACGUCGUGACGAAGCCAGUGGACCAACCUAAUCAGGGACUCGUCCUGACACCCCAGAGCUGGCCUUCGUACCCUACGACCGAUGAAGAAUACGCUCAGGACGCUGCUAAGAUGAAGGAGAUCGGUAGGAGCCAUGGAUUCCCGGGCGUUUCGGCUUAGAAUCUGGGGUUUGAAGUAUGUAUCGUGGCCAGUGCUCGAUGGGAUGGAGAUGUGCAGAAGUAAUUUGUUGAGGUUGUGGGGUUUAUUGUCGUGCGAGGGGCAUCAUGGUGAUCCGGUAUGAUCUUUCCUUGGCUGUCUGCAAUAUCCGUC